AUGCAAUGCCUAUCAGAAUUUCUUACACUCCACGGGCUAACCCUCGAGGAAAGCCCUACGAAAUACCGUAUUCUUAAAACGCUUAAACAUAUUCCCAAAGGUUCUACCAUAAUUACAUCCCCAUCUCUUGCAUGUUUUCCAAUUCUAUCCAUGGUCAAUACUCGUUGUGAUAAUUGUUUAGAAAUUCCAAUCGAGUCAUUAAAAAGGUGUUCUAGAUGCCAUAAAGCGUUUUAUUGUAAUGUAAAAUGUCAAAAACUUGCAUGGUCAGCACAUCACAAAAUUUUAUGCCCUAUAUAUAAAAAGGAAGAGAAUAAAACUUUAGAUAGUGAUUAUAUGGACGAAGAAAUGUUAAGACGAGUAGCAUUAAGAUUAGAUAAAUAUAUGAAAAAAAAAUCAUAUUAUGAAGCUGAAAAAAUAUCAUUGAUAGAUUUAAACGAAAAGAUUAAUUGUGAAACAUUUUUAACAUUAAUGUCACAUCGUGAAAAACGGACACCAGAACAAUUAGAAAAAUUUAAAACUAUUGCAAAAAAUGUCUUUUCUGAUUUGGAUUUACAAAAUAUCACACAAGACGAAUUGAUAACAUAUUUAUGUAAAUUUUCUUGUAAUAAUUUUAAUUUGGAUGAUAGUCAGCUAUUUUCUUUUGGCGAAGGAACUUACCCUAUUGGAUCUUUAAUCAAUCACUCUUGUCGCCCGAAUGCCAUAAUGAUGUAUUCAAUUGGACAACAAAUCAGUAGUGGUCCACAAAUACUUAGAAGCAUUGAAAAUAUCAAGGCUGGUGAAGAAAUAACAAUAUCUUAUGUUGAUGUGGCAAUGAGUCGAACGUCUAGACAAAAAUUGUUGAGUGAAAAAUAUUUUUUCAAAUGUCAAUGCUCAAGGUGUAGUUCAAAUGAUGUUAGUAUAGAUAUAACAGAAGAAGAAAGAAAAGUAUUAGUAAAUAUUGAACGAUUAACUGAGAUAAGAGAAAAUGGAGAAGCAAAUGAAAAAAUCAUAGAGGAUUUAUUGAUUUCUCAAAUGCAACAAAAUCCGACAACAAACGAUUCAAUUUCUUCUCUUAUUUCGAACAUUAUUAUCUCACUUUUACCGCAUUUAGCAGAAGAAACGUUAAAAUCAGAUUACAUACAAACCUUGGAAGUACUUUUCAACAAAAUACACACAACCACUACACAUCAAAACCUUUUUACUACAUCAUCACUUUCUUCAGCCACAAAACAUUUUUAUGAUCGUAUCGAUUUACAACAAUGGCGAGAAUCAUGGAUUUUAGGUCGUUAUAUUCUUGCUAUUUAUCUUUUAAUAUAUCCAAGAUUUCAUCCAAUUAUUGGAUUACAUUUAUUUAGUUUAGCAAAGUGUAUGUGGAACGAUGCUCAUAAAGAUAAAGAUAAAGCUGUUGAAUCCUAUGAAAUAAUAAAAGCAACGAAGAAAGCGUUAGAAAUUACACAUGGAGAUGGAUUCGAAAACAGAAAAAUUGUUGCGCAAGGAAUAUUGGACGCACAUACGCGUGCUAAAUAA